AACAAAAACAGACGCGACUCUUAAUCUAAAUUAACCAAUACUCACUACCUCUCUUCAUUUCGUUUCCUUCUCCCUCUUCAUCUCAACCCUACCACCUCAACAUUUUUGAGCUCUCAAUACAAUCUCUUUCAUCAAUCAAAAACCAUAGCUCUGCCGCCACCACCACAAACAAGAACAAAUGAAAGAAAAAUUUCAUAUCCAAAUUUAUCUUUCCUGCUGAUUGAAAUCGAUUGCUAAGUGUUUCAAUUAUAACGGCUUCAAAGCACAUCGUGAAGGAGCUAAAUGAUUUUUAGAACGACCCUUCAUUAUCAUGUAGUACAGAUUGAAGAAGCAAAGCUUUUUCGUGCUCAAGGUCAAAGUAAUGAAGAGGUUUCAGAUGUAUAUCGCUUGAUUGGGAAGUGGCUGGCAGAGACCAGAUGUAGCAACUCAAGAACAAUUUUGGAGAAGUAUUUGAAACCUACAGUUUCUAUUGCUGAGGAUGUGAAAAGUACAGAUAAGAAGGCCAUGGAAAAGAAAUGUAAUACCCAUUUUCAUCUUGCACACUAUACUGAUGCUCUAUUUAGGAGUCAUGAAGAAAUACUUGAUUCUAAUGGUGGAAGGAUCAAAGAGCAAAAUGUAGCUAAGUUUAUAUCAACACUAGCUGGUUGAAACAAUGAAAAACUAAUGGUCAUGGCACAUGCUACUUCAAUAGACACUACACUACACUAGCUUUUGUUGCUGUUGUUAAUCAAAUUGGUGGUGAUGGCUAAGUCAUUUGUCCAAUUCAAUUUUAUUUUCAUAGUUAGAAAAUCUUCAAGAGCUAAAUGCCUAAUUCAGUUUCAUAGUUGGAUAAUCUCAAGUACUAUUGCUAGAUCAAUAUGAAGGAGCAAUACUCUGCAACAUUUAGUCAAAGCGAAAGAAAUUGAAUAUGGGUGAUAUGCUUUGACAGUCGAUAAACAACCUUUGAAUCUUCAUGUCAAAACAAUAUGAAUGUUUUGAUUUCAUAUUGAUUAUGUAGUUUUAUUUCAACAAAAUUGAAAAUCAAGUCAAUUGUUUUCA